GAAAAGCUGGCAGAGCAGCAUCUCAAUAUUCCAAAUCAGGCGUCUCUGGCUGUGUGCUCUGCUCUGCUCAAACUCCCAGAAGAACUGGGAAUGGAACAGAGAAUGUUGAGAUCAGGCUCUGCGUUUCUUCUUCUUCCUCUUCUUCUCCUUCUUGUAUUUGUCUCUUUUUCAGGAUGUGUAGAAGCUUACAAGAACUACACAGUGGGUGACUCCUUGGGAUGGUACGAUAACCUCCAUGAGCCUAGUGUCAAUUACCAGAAAUGGGUUGCUGGCAAGAACUUCAGCUUGGGUGAUUUCCUCAUUUUCAACACCGAUAAUAACCAUUCAGUGGUCCAAACCUACAAUUUCACGACCUACAAGCAUUGCGAUUACGAGAACGCCCUAGAAAACGACACAUACCAGUGGUCGGCCACCGAUCCCUCCGCCACCAACCCCGUGGCUGUGACGGUGGCGGUCCCCCUGAUGAAGGAGGGAAUGACCUAUUUCUUUUCCAGUGACUACGACGGUUGGCAAUGCAAGCAUGGGCAGCACUUCAAGCUGAACGUGAGUCAUGGACAAGGCCUGCCUCCCAGCCUUAAAGACCCAGCGGAUGAGGCCCCUGGUCCAGUGGCCCCUGAUUCUGGAGAUGAAGGAGACUCCGCCCCUGACACUGUGGUUCCGGCCAACUUCAAUGACCCCAAACAGGAAAAUGAUACUGACAACACAUCAGGGUCUGCUCCUUUGCUGCCAUCGUUCUUACACCAGUUGGAUUACAAAUUCAGUGGAAUUUUGGCUUUGUUAGGUGUUGUUUGUAUUUUUUGAUGAUUUUUUUUUUUCUGGGGUUUAUUUGUUUAUAUUCUUGGCUUGUAUCUUAGUAAUUUUUUCUGGGUUUGGUGUUUAGAGCUAAUAAUAUGAUAUAUAUUUUUAUAUAUGUAAAUGGGUGUUUUUCUUGAGCAGUCAA